AUGCCUCCAGUAAGCAACGCCAGUUUCGACGCUGUGCGUGAUCGUUUCCGUCAAUUGUGGUCCCGGAAUACCAUUACUGUACCUCGGUAUAGAGAUUCACCUACAGACGAAGAAGACAGGAACGAGAGGGACCUCGAAAUACCUGUCACUCCAGCUGAAAGCUAUACCUCCGAAGAUGGGUUGCUGGGCCCCGCCUACAUAAAUCCGAAGCCUUGGACCCGGAAGCGUUCAUUCUUCAUGUGCGGCGCCGUCUGGCUGGCCAUGCUCAUUAUUUUUGUCCUUUUGAACUUGGUCUUGUUUGUUGCACGCGAAGUCUGGGACAACCCCUCUGAGGACUUCGAAGAAGCAAGCGUUGUCGUGCCUAUUCCUUGUCAUUCACACAAUGACUACUGGAGGAGAAGGCCUGUUUUCUCUGCGCUUCAGGCAGGCUGCAUAGGAAUCGAGGCUGAUGUUUGGCUCUAUGGCACCGAUUUGUUUGUUGGACACGACAAAUGGUCUCUUCGCGAGAGAAACACUUUCGCUAGCCUAUACGUUGACCCUCUUGUUCGGUUACUGGAGGAACGUAACUCCGACUUCGACAACACCACCGAACAGCGCCCCCGUGGCAUCUAUGAGUCAAACCCGGACCAAACUUUGGUUCUUCUUGUGGAUCUCAAGACAAGCGGUGCCGAGACUUGGCCACAAGUGGUACAUCAACUGGAACCUCUGCGCGAAAGAGGCUGGUUAAGUACCGUCAUUGAUGGCAAGGUCAGCUAUGGACCCAUUACCGUUGUAGGAACCGGCAACACCCCGUUUGAAAUGGUCGUGGAGAAUGCCACCUAUAGAGACACCUUCUUCGACGCCCCGCUCACGAAGUUGGGCAGCCACAACUUCAACCCGACGAAUUCUUACUACACCAGCGUGUCUUUCAAAAAGGCCAUUGGUACAGUUUGGUUUGGCGAUCUCUCUGAAGUUCAACUCGGCAAGUUGAAGGCCCAGAUCAAGCAAGCACACUUGCGCGGCUUGAAAGUCCGAUACUGGGAUCUGCCUGCAUGGCCGAUCAGCAUCAGGAACCACAUUUGGGAAAUUUUGGUUCGAGAAGGCGUUGACAUAUUGAACGUGGACGAUCUUAAGGGCGCCAGAAAGGAGUGGAAUGCGAAGGGCUGGCCUACACUUGGUGCUAACACGUCGACACCAACAUGA